UCAAGAGCCGUGAGAGAAUGACGCAGAUCCGCUGCUUCAGCGACGCACGUGUUUUAAUAAGGAGUGUGUGAAGUUUAUUUUGCGAGUGCGGCACAAAGAUGUUUUCAGAUCUGGAUCUGAUCAGAACUAUCGAUGAUAAUGAUGAAGGUCCUGAGGAUCCGGACUCAGCGUCUGACGAUGAAGCCGAGCAGCCCAUCGUGUUGAGUAAGCAGAAGCGCGCUCUGAAGGGCCGUGGCGCUGGAGAGUUCAGCGCAGGUUUUGAGUUCGGCGAGCGGGAAGGACUGUACAGCGAGGACUGGGCCAUGGCAGACGUGAUGGCGCAGCUCAAGAAGAGAAAAGCGCCCACUACUCUGGAUGAAAAGAUCGAGAAAGUGCGGAAAAAGCGCAAAAUUGAGGAAAAAACUCAAAAAGUAAGCAAGAAAACAGAAGCUUCAGCCUCUAAACUGGAAAAUGACAAUGAUGAUGAAGAGGAUGAUGAUAAAGAAGAAGAUGAAAAUGACGACGAUGAAGAAUCCGGUGGAGAUGAUGAUGAUGAUGAGGUAGAUGAAGAUGAGUUCUCAUCAGGUGAUGAAGAGGUGCUCAAAAAAGCAGACACUUUGAGAGAAAAACAGAAGAAAGGCAAGAGGAAAACAGCAGAAACUUCUGAAGCAUUUUUUGAAGACGCCUCGCAGUAUGAUGAGAACCUCACCUUCCAGGACAUGAAUCUGUCCAGACCUUUACUGAAGGCCAUCACUACUAUGGGCUUUAAGCAGCCCACUCCCAUUCAGAAAGCCUGCGUCCCUGUGGGGCUGCUGGGAAAAGACAUCUGUGCAUGUGCCGCCACUGGCACUGGAAAGACGGCAGCCUUCAUGUUGCCGGUGCUGGAGCGUCUGAUCUACAAGCCCAGAGAGACGCAGGUGACGCGUGUGCUGGUUCUGGUGCCGACCCGAGAGCUGGGCAUCCAGGUGCACUCCGUCUCCCGCCAGCUGGCUCAGUUCACCAGCAUCAGCACCUGCCUGGCUGUGGGUGGGUUGGACCUGAAGUCUCAGGAGGCGGCACUGAGGGCGGGGCCAGACGUCCUGAUCGCCACACCGGGACGCCUGAUCGACCACCUGCACAACACACCCUCGUUUGAGCUCAGUCAGAUCGAGAUCCUCAUCCUGGACGAGGCCGACCGGAUGUUGGACGAGUACUUCGAGGAGCAGAUGAAGGAGAUCAUCAGGAUGUGCUCCUAUCAGAGACAGACCAUGCUGUUCUCAGCCACCAUGAGUGAAGAGGUGAAGGACCUGGCGUCUGUGUCGCUGAAGCAGCCGGUGAGGAUCUUUGUGAACAGUAAUACAGACGUGGCGCCGUAUCUCAGACAGGAGUUCGUGAGGAUCAGACCCAAUAAAGAAGGAGACAGAGAGGCUAUUGUUGCAGCUCUCCUGACCAGAACGUUUCAGGAUCACGUGAUGCUCUUCACUCAGACGAAGAAGCAGGCUCACCGCAUGCACAUCCUGCUGGGCUUGAUGGGGUUAAAGGUCGGCGAGCUUCACGGAAACCUGUCGCAGACGCAGAGAUUGGAGAGUCUGAAGCGUUUCAAGGACGAACAGAUUGAUAUUUUAGUGGCUACAGACGUGGCUGCCAGAGGUCUGGAUAUAGAGGGAGUCAAAACUGUGAUAAACUUCACCAUGCCCAACACAGUGAAGCAUUACGUGCACAGGGUGGGCCGAACGGCUCGCGCGGGGAAAGUGGGCCGAUCCGUGUCUCUCGUGGGUGAGACUGAGAGGAAGAUGCUGAAAGAGAUCGUUAAAAAAGCCAAAACCCCCGUCAAAGCUAGAGUCAUUCCUCAAGAUUUCAAUAAUUGUUUGCGUGUGUCUGCAUUUAUCAUCUCGUCACGCUCUUUCAUUUUCCUUUUCUUUGUCAAAGUGACAAAAGCGCUGCAGGAUUUUGAUUUGGCUCUGAGAGGAAAGAAGAAACGUGCGCAGUUCCUGAAACAGGGCAAGAAGAAAGAGUUAACGGCGGAGGAGAGAGCUCAGUUCGAGGUGCUGAAGUCUCAGAUGUACGCCGAGCGAGUCGCCAAGCGUGAUCGCAAGCCUAAGCGAGCCAGAGCCAUUCCUGAAGAAGAACCUGUGAAGAAAGUUUCCAAAGACAAGGGCGGCAGAAAGAAGUCUGUGUUUGACAAGGAGCUCACGAACACCAGCAAGAAAACUCUGAAGCAGUACAGAGCCGGUCUAACAGUGAUUUCUCUGUCUAGGCUCGGCAUUCCAAACAAGAAAGGAGGACGCUUCAAGUCAAAGGCCAGAUACAGAAGAAAGUGAAGCCGUGCCUGAUGUGUCAGUGAAACAUCACCCUCUUUAUCGUUUUAUCAUCAUCCUCCCUCCAAACUUUCCCCAAAAUAAACCUCUACAACUUGUUUAACCUGUACUUCUGUUUGUCCAUGCGUUUAUCAUGGUAGAGCAGAGUAAAUAUGAACCAAUGACUAAUGAGCAUCAGAAAUCAAAUUGAUUUCCCUCGAUUCAAGCCAAAUGAUUCCUGCAGAGCGAGAUGAUUAAUCAGUGUCCGGGGCAGGAAACUCCUUUAUCAGACGAUCUUAAAGAUAAUGCAGAAAAACUCUCCCUGUAACCAUAAAAAAAAAAAAAUAAUAAAAAAUGAAUGAAGCUCCAACAGUAUUCUGCACAGUAAAGAUGCAAAAUAUAACAAAACAAUAAAAUUAGAGGUGAUACUUUAUUUGAAGGUGUCCUUGUU